AGAGUCUGGCGGUGUCCGAGCUACUGUGGUCAGAGAGGAGUGACCGGAAUUGCUUGCCCACAUUUACCUGAGUACCAACUCUCAGAUCCUGGCACGUGUUAGAUACACGAAGAUAAAGCACAAGAGUUCAGUAUAGUACAUUGCCAGAAUAUUCACGUUUCAGUUUUCGUGCCUGUCAAGAGUUUUAAUUCAUCAUGGAGAAUCUGUCAUCAGAAGAAAUUCAGUUGAGGGCUCACCAGGUUACUGAUGAGUCUCUGGAAAGUACAAGAAGAAUCCUGGGUUUAGCUAUUGAGUCUCAGGAUGCAGGAAUCAAGACUAUCACUAUGCUGGACGAACAAGGGGAACAACUAAACCGCAUAGAAGAAGGCAUGGACCAAAUAAAUAAAGACAUGAGAGAGGCAGAGAAGACUUUAACAGAACUCAACAAGUGCUGUGGCCUUUGUGUCUGCCCAUGUAAUAGAUUCUCAGAUGUUGAUUGUUUCUAUCAAAUCAGAACAAAGAACUUUGAGUCUGGUAAGGCCUAUAAGGAGACAUGGGGAAAUGGUGGAGACAACUCUUCUAGCAAUGUAGUAUCCAAACAGCCAGGCCGAGUGACAAAUGGUCAGCCUCAGCAAGCAACCACAGGAGCAGCAGGUGGUGGAUACAUUAAACGUGUAACAAAUGAUGCCAGAGAAGAUGAAAUGGAAGAGAACCUGACUCAAGUGGGCAGUAUCCUAGGAAAUCUGAAAAACAUGGCCCUGGACAUGGGCAAUGAGAUUGAGGCUCAAAAUCAACAAAUACAACGGAUCUCAGAAAAGGCUGACACCAACAAAGAUCGUAUUGAUGUUGCCAAUGCCAGAGCAAAGAAACUCAUUGACAGCUAAAGUACCACGGCACUUCUUUACCAUUUAUUCACUUGCCUAGCUCUUCCCUCAGAGUCACUGCCUUUUUAGAGUCUGAAAUUUUGGUUCCACACUCUUCUAAUCAAGAGAUAAUGUGGAGGAAGGGUAAGGAGUAACAGCCCAUCUUUUCUUUUUCCUUAAAGAGGAGACAGCUGCUCUACCUUCCUCCCAGUGUUUCCUUUAUCAGUUUAUACUCUUAGCUUGGUUUUUAUACAUGACAUAUAGCUUUGUUUUUCACUCACCACAUUUACUGUAGCAGGUCCUUCUGCUUUCAAGAUUUGGAAGCAUUGCCAAAGACAGACAUGAAAAAGGAAGGUAGGGGUGGGGGAGGACCAGAAGGAGAAACAAGAGAAAAGAGGUUGUUACCUCAGUAAAACCUUCAGGCCACUAAGCAAAAAGUUGCAUAGCCACAGUGGAGAUCUAGUUGGGUUUAGAUUUUAAUUUGCAGAUAUUGCCAGUUUAGGCGAACACUUGGUUUUGGAGCUUUUAUAUACAAUGUUUUUGUUAUACAUCGAACUUUGCAACCUCUGCCUCAGAGAAGAUACAUUGAGUUUUCUUAAAGUGAGCUUGAUUCCUGAACUCUUGAUGAUUCAUAUAUGUACAUAGAUUCUGUGAUCACACUUCGUAUUGUACCAUACAGGAACACUUUGUACAAAUGAAUGGCUUUUUAUUUUCAUAUUAUUAGUAUCAUGUUUGCAAUUCAAGCCUAUUAACCUCAUAAAUUUGUCAUUAGUCUUUGAAGGAAAAUAUGUAAAUAUGUAUGUGUAACAGGAGACUUUCUCUAAAGCAGGGCUUAAAAUAUUUUGGGAAAAUUUGACAAAAUAUGUCACGUGACUUCAGAUUUACCUCAAUGCCAAGAAUUGUGUUUAGAUAGGGAAAAUAAACUUGUUUUGAUCUCAGGUAGAAAAAUUGUUAGAUUGCUUUGAGUUUUAUAUAGAUUUAGACUUUUAAAAAGCUAGAAUUCUGUUUAACUAAAAGUGAUUUGGAAAGUAUGCCUUUGGUUUGAUUAUUUAUGAUUGCAGUCUCAAUCUCAGCCUUGUGUAUUGAACUAUGUUCAAUCACAUGCUUAUUCAGGAAUCAUGCUUAUUUAGGCCCUCAGCAGUGUUACAAGAAUCCCAUUGCUCUUUGUCACCUUUAUUUAAAAGCUAGUACCUGCACACUUCAAAGCUGUUAAUGUGGAUUUGUUUAACCAAUAACCACUGCUUGAUCCUU